AUGACAGCGAGACCAAAUUCUGCAAUUAUCCUCUCAGAGACCAACAAACCAGAAAAAGUUUCCAUUUAUGUGCCGGACAUCCCAGAACCAACAAGCAGAGUUGAGCUCAUGAAGUAUUGGAUGCAUUUAUCUUUGGAUGAUAAGACUGCCAACAAGAUGUUGUGGAUUUCUGACAGCCAGUCUAAGGCUUUCCGUAGAACUGAGGAGGUUUGUCCUGUCCUGGAUCGACCAGAGCGAUAUGAGUACUCUCCACAGGUGUUGUGCAAAGAGUGUAUCUGGAACACAAGGGCUUACUGGGAGGUGGAGUACACUGGGUGGGUGGCCAUUGGAGCCACCUAUGAAGGAACAGGAAGGAGGGUAAAUUCCGGGCCGAGCGGCCUCGGAGAAAAUGAGGAGUCUUGGGGUCUGUGUUGGUCAGGAACACGUUACCAGAUCUGGUUCAACGGUAUAAACAAAGACAUAAACGAUAUCCCAUUCAGCUCUACAAUGGGAGUUUACGUCGACCAGCCUGCGGGGAUUAUGAGCUUUUAUGCUGUUACCGGUGAGGGGGCAGAGAGGGAGGUUAAGCUGUUGUACAAAGUUAAGACUACUAUUCAGAAAAAGGUUCUUCCAGGUUUCUGGAUGGGAAUUCAAUCUUCAUGCACAAUACUACAGAAACCAGAAUGA